AUGUUGAUUUCUAACAAAUUAGUGCCAUUCUUUGUAUUGUGUCUUAUCUGCACAUCGCUUAGUAGUCCUACUGAAUAUAUAACUGAAGGACGCGGUAUCGGCUCCACAAUAUGGGGGUGGAUAACAUAUCCUUUCACAUGGUGGAGUUCAGGGUCCGAAAACGAUAAUGAUAGUAAAGUUGAAACGACAACGUCUAUUUUCACCCAUGACAACAACAUGGAAAUAGCAAAGCACAAUGUGACCGUGUGGUGCAAUGAUCAGACAUGCACUACCAUGAAAUGCGAUAAAAGCGGCUGUUUAAACCUCACAUGUAACAUAUACGAUACUGACAUGUCCGGUGUAUGUAGAGAAUAUACAAUCAAGCCGGAAGACCCUACACAAGCUACCAAACCCACCUCACAAGUAACGGAAGAGCCAAAGAAGACGACUGAGGCAACAUCAACGAUUGAAACGUCUUCUUUACCUGCCAGUACCAUUGAAACGUCUUCUUUACCUGCCAAUACCAAUAUAGGAGUUGAAGAUCGCCCCCUGGAGUUAGAAGCAGUUUUGUCUUCCACAGUUCCCGUUAACAAUGAUGACAUAAAGAUUGAAGACGCUACCGAUUAA